AUGUAUGCUCAACGGCCUCUUUCGUAUGCACCUACACCUUACAGCUACACGCCUAACCCGGCGCUGUCGGCGACUAUCAAUCUCGAUGAGGAAGUGAAACUAGCCUCCAGCUCCGCGGAACGCGACCUACAUGAAUCGCUGGCCGAGAUUUACAGUAUCAUCGUCACACUUGAUGGACUCGAGAAGGCAUAUAUCAAGGAUGUGGUUACAGAGGCGGAAUACACCGAGACAUGUACCCGGCUACUAAAGCAGUACAAGUCCAGUUUAGGCGAUGAGGCCGUCGCAGCGGAGUUUGUUGAUCUGGAAACCUUCAAGCGGGCAUGGGGGCUGGAAUGUCCCCGCGCGACUGAGCGUCUCCGCAUCGGCCUUCCCGCAACAGUCGAGCAAGCCUCUCACGGAGCACCUUCAGGCAACGCAGGUCCAACCACCGGAGGUCCUAUUGGUGGCGCUUCAGGUAGCCUCAUUCUGACGGCUACCGAGAACUUCAUUACGUUCCUGGACGCGCUGAAGCUGAACAUGGUGUCCAAAGAUGCACUUCACCCGCUACUGUCUGAAGUCAUUCAAUCCGUAAACAAAGUGACGGAUGGGGACUUUGAGAACCGCGGCAAAAUUAUUCAGUGGCUGAUCACUUUGAACCAGAUGCGCGCAACAGAGGAGCUAAGCGAGGAACAGGCGCGGGAGUUGGCCUUUGACAUUGAGCAGGCUUAUCAGGGAUUCAAGUCGACGCUGGGCUGA